CGUGACCUGGAGCUGCAGAGCGACGCAGCCUUCGGUGCAGUCGUCACUCCCGUCUGGGUACCGGCUCCCCGCGGUCCUGCGCCUGGCGGGCUGGCAUCGGGCCCGAGGAAAGCGGAGCAGUAGUUCCGUGUGGCACUUUUGUGGCGAGGCAAGGGAAGAAGGAGAGAAGAAAACUGCACAGGAUCUGUGGAGUUUUCCAGAUUCCCCCGCCUGUCUGAGCACCUUGGUGAAGGAAAUGAUGGACUUUUGGGAGAAACCUUAGAAUCCUACAGGUCUUCCCAUAGGCCUACAGUAGGGUUGGAAGCCAGGGAAAGGGGGAGACUGGCCUGGAACCAUAAAGAUCGGCCUGCAGGUCUGCUGUAGGGCUUGAGAUUACUGGAAGCAAAGAAACAAGGAGGAAAUUGCCCCUGAUCAGUAUAGCCUGGUCUACAGAUCUCAUGAGUUAAUAGAUCUACUUUAGGGUAUAUCACCAAUCAAGAGAAGGAAAGAGGAGGGAACUGCCUUGAUCAUUACAGGUCCACCUCCAGUGGCAGCUGUAGUGGCCUUUAAGUGGCUGAAGACCAGCGCCUUCACAGGCCUACACCCAGACCUACUACCCUCUUUCCCCAUCCUGACUGAGCCCCCUGUACCUUGUUCGUGCCUUCAGUAGGGGUGAUUACAUGGGUCGCGUUCAGGAAGUGGGCUGGGUGACUGCAGGACUGGUGGUUUGGGCUGGUACCUGCUACUACCUUUACAGAUUAACCAAGGGAAGAGCGCAGAGUGUGAGGACACUUGCCAAAAAUGGGUCCAGAGUCAAGAUGGAGACUGUGCUUGGGGUACAGAACCAGACCUUGGCCACGGGUGAAGCCAUGGCUGGGACAGAGACUGAGACUAGACCCCAGGCCACGUCUGGAGCAGAAGCUGAAGCAGGAAGUAGGGCUGGGGCUGAAGUAGAGAUUACCACCACUGCUAAAGCCAGACCCAAAGCCAACUCUCAGGCCAUGACAAUGGCUGAGGCAGAGGCAGCGAUACAAUCUGAGGCCAAAACAGUGGCCAGAACAGUGGGCACGACAGAGGUGGUGACUCUGACUGAGGCCCAGGUCAAAGCUGGGGAAGUGGCUAUGAAAGAGGCUGUGACCCAAACUGACUCUGAGGCUGGGAGAGUAGUCAAGAAAGAGGCUGUGACCCAGACCAAGGUUAAAAUUUGGGCACUGGCUGCCAGGGCAGAGACCAAGAAAGAAGUAAUGACCCAGACCAAAGUGGAGGCUCGUAUACUGGCUGAAAAAGAGAUGAAAAGAAUAAUGGUGACACAGAGCGAGGCCUUAGGAGUGAUCAGGGAAGUGACCAAGAUCAGUGCUAUGAGUAAGACUGGAAUUGUGGCUGAGACCAAGGCAAGAGCCCUGGAAGAGAUUGUGAGUGUGGCCAAGACUCAGUCUGAGGCCAGGCCUGGUAACACAGUUGAUGCUAAGGGAAAUCCUAAUACCAUGUCCAGGGCAGAAGUUGGAGUGGACAUGAGGUCUUGUGCACCAUCUCAGGCUGUGACCAAGAUCCAGGUCAACACCAUGCCUGGUGCUGGGGUUGAGGUCAAGGGGAAUCACAAAACCAUGUCUCGGGCAGAGUCUAGGGCAGACGUGAGGGCUCCUGCCCAGCCUCAGAUUAUAGCCAAGACCCAGGCUGAGGCUAUGCUUGGGGCAAAGGUUGAUGCUGGGGGUAUUACAAAUGCCAUGUGUAAGAUAGGGGCAGAGGCAGACAUGAGAGUUUCUACACAACCUCAGACUGUGGCCAAGAAACAGGCCGAGACAAUGUUUGGUGCCGGGGUUGAUGACAGGGGAAAUGCUGAUGUCACAUCUAAGGCAGUGGCUGGAGCUGACAUGAAGGUUGCUGCUCAACUUCAAGCUGCAGUCGGUGCUCAGGCUGAGGCUAUGCCUGAUGUCAGGGUUAAAGGAAGAGGUAACUCCAGUGCAAUGUCUAAAACAGGGGCCAGGGCAAACUUGAGGGCCAAUUCCCAGGCUGAGGCCUUGCCUGAUGCCAGGGUUAAGACCAGAGACAAUCCCAAUGCCAAGUCUAAGAUGGGGGCUGAGACAGAUAUGGAGCUCUAUACGCAGCCUCAGCCUGUGGCCAAUGUCCAGGUUGAUGCCUUGCCUGAUGGCAGGAUUAAGGCUAAAGGCAAUGCCAACAUGUUAUCUAAAGAAGGGGCUGGGACAGACACAAAGGCACAGUCUCAGGCUUCCACCAAGAGCCAGGUUGAGACCUUACCUGGUACUAGAGGUAAGACUAGGGGAAAAGGCAAAAGUAAGCAUAAAGCAGGAGUCGGGAUAGAAAUGAAAACCUGCGCGCAGCCUCAGGUUGGGGCCAAGACCCAAGCUGAUGCUUUUCCUGAUUCCAGGGUUGAUGGCAGGGGUGAUCCUAAUGCCAUUUCUAGGUCAGGGGCUAAGGCGGAACUGAGGGCCUGUGGUCAGCCCCAGACUGAGGCCAGUUCCCAGGGUGAGGGCUUGCCUGGUACUAAGAAUAAGGUCAGAGGCAAUCCCAGUGCUGUGUCUAAGGCAGGGACUGGGCCAGAUACACUGGGCUCUGCCCAGCUCCAGGUUGUGGCCAAUUCCCAGGGUGAAGCCUUGUCUGGUAAUAAGAGCAAGGUCAGGGGCAAUCCCAGUGUUGUGUCUAAGGCAGGGAUUGGGCCAGAUACUAUGUGUUCUGCCCAGGGUGAAACAGAUACAACAGGCUCUGCCCAGCCCCAGGCUGUGGCCAGUUCCCAGGGUGAAGCCUUGCCUGGUACUAAGAACAGGGUCAGGGGCAAUUCCAAUGCUGUGUCUAAGACAGGGGCUGGGCCAGGUACAGUAGGUUCUGCUCAGCCUGAGGCUGUGUCUAAUUCCCAAGGUGAAACCUUGCCUGGUACUAAAAAUAAGGUCAGAGGCAAGUCCAGUGCUUUGUCUAAGGCAGGGGCUGGGCCAGAUACAGUGGGCUCUGCCCAGCUCCAGACUGCGGCCAAUGCCCAGGAUGAAGCCUUGUCUGGUACCAAGAAUAAAGUCAGGACCAAUCCCAGUGCCGUGCCUAAGGCAGACACCAGAGCAGAUUCAGUGGGCUCUGCCCAGCCUCAGACAGAUAUAACAGGUGCUGCCCAGCCCAUGGCUGUGGCCAAUUCCCGGAGUGAGGCCUUGCCCAGUAUCAAGAAUAAGGGUAAGGGCAAUCCCAGUGCUUUGUCUAAAGCAGGGACUGGGCCAGAUAUAGUAGGUUCUGCCCAGCCUCAGGUUGUGACCAAUUCCCAGGGUGAAGUCUUGUCUGGUACUAAGAACAAGGUCAGGGGCAAUCCCAGUGCUGUGUCUGAGGCAGAGGCCAGGGCAGAUGCAAUGGGCUCUGCCCAGCCUCAAACGGACACAACAGGCUCCACCCAGCCCCCGGCUGUGGCCAGUUCCCAGGGUGAAGCCUUGCCUAGUAUGAAGAAUAAGGUUAGGGGUAAGUCCAAUGCUGUGUCUAAGAUAGGGGUUGGGCCAGAUACAGUGAACUCUGUCCAGCCUCGGGUCGUGGCCAGUUCCCAAGGUGAAGUCUUGCCUGGGACUAAGAAGAUCAGGGGCAAUCCCAGUGCUGUGUCUAAGGCAGAGGCCAGAGCAGACACAAUGGGCUCUGCCCAGCCUCAAACAGACACAAGAGGCUCUGCCCAGGCCCUGGCUGUGGCCAAUUCCCAAAGUGAAACCUUGCCUAGUAUCAAGAAUAAGGUUAGGGGCAAGUCCAUUGCUAUGUCUAAGACAGGGGCUGGGCUAGAUACAGUGGGCUCUACCCAGCCCCAGGCUGUGGCCAGUUCCCAGGGUGAAGUCUUGUCUGGUACUAAGAACAAGGUCAGGGGCAAUCCCAGUGCUGUGUCUGAGGCAGAGGCCAGGGCAGAUGCAAUGGGCUCUGCCCAGCCUCAAACGGACACAACAGGCUCUGCCCAGCCCCUGGCUGUGGCCAGUUCCCAGGGUGAAGCCUUGCCUGGUAUCAAGAAUAAGGUUGGGGGCAAGUCCAAUGCUGUGUCUAAGAUAGGGGCUGGGCCAGAUACAGUGGGCUCUGCCCAGCUCCAGGCUGUGGCUAAUUCCCAGGGUGAGGCCUUGCCUGGUGUCAAGAAAAAGGUCAAGGGAAACCCCAGUGCUUUAUCUAAAGCAGGGACUGGGCCAGAUACAGUGGGCUCUGCCCAGCUCCAGGCUAUGGCCAAUUCCCAGUGUGAAGCCUUGCCUGGUGUGAAAAAUAAGGUCAGCAGCAAUCCCAAUGCUGCGUCUAAGGUAGAGGCCAGAGCAGAUACAACAGGCUUUGCCCAGCCUCAGGCUGAGUCUAAUUCCCAGGGUGAAGCCUUGCCUGGUGCCAGGAGUAAGGUCCGGUGUAAUCUUAGUGCUGUGUCUAAAGCAGACACUGGGCCAGACACAGUGCGCUCUGCCCAGCCACAAACUGUGACCAAUUCCCAGGGUAAAGCCUUGCCUAGUGUCAAGAAUAAGGCCAGGGGCAAUCCCAGUGCUGUGUGUAAGAUAGAGGCCAGGGCAGAUGCAGUGUGCUCUGCCCAGCCUCGAGCAGAUAAAACAGGCUCUGCCCAGCUCCAAGCUGUGACCAAUUCCCAGGGUAAAGCCUUGUCUGGUACUAAGAGUAAGGUCAGAGGCAAUUCCAGUGCUGUAUCUGAGGCAGAGGCCAGGGCAGAUAUAACAGGUUCUGCCUGGCCUCAGGCUGUGGCCACUUCCCAGGGUGAAGUUUUGCCUGGUACUAAGAAUGUCAGGGGCAAUCCCAAUGCUGUGUCAAAGGCAGAGGUUGGGGCAGAUACAAUGGGCUCUGCCCAGCCUCAAACAGAUACAACAGGCUCUGCCCAACCCCUGGCUGUGGCCAAUUCCCAGGGUGAAGUCUUAGCUGGCACUAAGAAUAAGGUCCGGGGCAAUCUCAGUGCUGUGUCUAAAGCAGGGAUUGGGCCAGAUACAGUGGGUUCUGUCCAGCCCCAGGCUGUGGUCAAUUCUCAGGGUGAAGCCUUGCCUAGUGUCAAGAAUAAGGUCAGAGGCAAUCCCAAUGCUGUGUCUAAGGUAGAGGCCAGAGCAGAUACAACAAGUUUUGCCCAGCCUCAGGCUGUGUCUUAUUCCCAAGGUGAAACCCUGUCUGGUGCCAGGAGUAAGGUCCAGGGCAAUCCCAGUGCUGUAUCUAAGGCAGGCACUGGGCCAGAUAUAAUGUGUUCAGCUCAGCCUCAAACAGAUAUAACAGGCACUGCCCAACCCCAAGCCAUGUCUAAUUCCCAAGGUGAAGCCUUGCUUGGUGCCAGAAAUAAGGUCAGGGACAAUCUCGAUGUGGUAUUUAAGGCAGGGUCUGGGCAAGAUACAAUAGGCUCUCUUUCACCAAAGGCCGUGGCGAUUUCUCAGGGCAAGGCCCUCCUUGGUGCCAGAAGUAAGGUCAGGGGAAAUACCAAUGCUGAGUCUAAGGUAGAGGCUGGGGCACAUAUGAUGGGCUCUGGCCAGCCUCAGUCUGCAGCCCAUUCCCAGAGUAAGAUCUUGCCUGGGACAAAGGACAGGGCUAUACCCAAGUCUGAGGCAGAUGAGGGCUAUGCAAAGCCCAAGGCUGAGGCCACACCCACUGUUGAGAGUGGGGGUGGGACAGGCACUCAGGGCUGCAGAAAGACUCGGUCUAGGGUCCAUGACUACUACUGGAAUGGGAUUGGUAUUGAGGAUUGGAUUGCUUCUGAGCGAUGGAUCAAAUUUAGGUUUCAGGCCAGGGAUGGAUACUGGGAGAAUACCAUGUCCUGGGCUGAUGAUGAGAAUGAAGCCAGUAUUGAGUCCUGGAGUGGGGCUAGUGAUAAGUCUGAUAUUAGGUCCUGGGCUGGGGCUAAGCGUGAGAAUGAAGUUGGUUUUCCAUCCUGGGCUACAGCUGGGGACCAGGCCUGUGGGGGGCUCUGGGUUGAGAGUCAGGCCAGUGGGGGUUCUUUGUCAGAGGCCAGGGACAUGGCCAUUGGAGCAUCCUGGAUUGGGGCUGAGAACCAGGCCAGUGGGGUGUCUUGGGCUAGCACCAGGAACCAGGCUAUUGGGGAGCCCUGGGCUGGAGGUCAGGCCAGUGGGGUGUCCUGGGCUGGGGAAGAUGCCAUUGGAGGGUCCUGGAUGGGAGCUGAGGAACAGGACAGUGGAAGGUCCCAGGAUGGCGCUGGGAUUCAGGCUAAUGGAGGGUCCUGGGCUGAAGCUAGAGCUGGGAAUGUGGCUAGUAUUGGGCACUGGCCUGGGGAUAUGGACCAGGCUAGUGGAGGGUACUGGGUUGGGACUGGUGACCUGUCUGGUGGAUCCAAGCCUAGAUUUGAGGAUCAGGCCAGUGAAGAUAUGUCCUGGGCUGACACAGCCAACCAAGCCAGUGGAGGGUCCAGGCUGAGGCCUGUGGACCAGUCUGGUGGUGAGUCCUGGGCUAGGGCUGGGGAACAGGCCAACAAAGGUCCUAGGCCAGGGUUUGUGGACCAGUCCAGUGUUGGGUCCUGGGCUAGCACUGGGAAUCAGGCCAGUGGAGGAUUCUUGGUUGGGACUAUGGACCAGGCCAGUGGGGGGUCCUGGGCUGGAACUGGUGAUCAGUCUGGUGGUGAGUCCAAGCCUAGAUUUGAGGAUCUGGCAAACAUAGAAGUGUCUUUGGCUAGGGUUGGUGGCCAGGCUGGUGGAGGGCCUAGGCUGGGGCCUGAGGACCAGUCCAGUGGAAGGUCCUGGGCUGACUCUGGGGACCAAGCCAGUGGAGGGUUCUUGGUUGGGGCUGCGGACCAGGCCAAUGGAGGGACCUGGGCUGUACCUGGGGAUCAGGCUGGUGGUGAGACAAAGCCUAGAUCUGAAGAGCAGGCAAGUGGAAGAGGGUCUUGGGCUGACAAUGGGGGCCAGGCUGGUGGAGGGUCUAGGCUGGGUCCCAGGGACCAGUCCAUUGGAGAUUCCUGGGCUGGCACUGGGGACCAGGCCAGUGAAGAAUGUAGGCCCGGGCCUGAGGAUCAGUCCAAUGGAUGGUUCUGUGCUUACAGUGGGAGUCAGGCUAAUGCAAGUGGGUCCUGGGGUGGGGCUGGUGGCCAGGCUAUUGGAGGAUCUAGACUAGGGCCCACGAUCCCAUCCAGUGGUGGGUCCUGGGCUGAUACUGGAAGUCAGGUCAGUGGAAGGUCUUGGGCUGGGACUGGAGAUCAGGCUAGUAGCUGUCCCAAACCUGGAUUUGAGGAUCAAGCCAAUGGAGGAGGGUUCUGUUCUGGUGCUGAGGACCAGGCUGUUGGAGGGUCUAAUCCAGGGCCUGCAAACCAGUCCAGUGGUGGGUCCUGGACUGGCACUGGGAGUCAGGCCAGUGGAAGGUCCUGGGCUGGGGCUGGGGAUCAGGCUGAUAGUGGUUCCAAACCUGGAUUUGAGGACCUAGCAGGUAGAGAAGGCUCCCAGCCUGGCACUGGGGAUCAGGCUAGUGGAAAAUCUUGGGCUGGGUCUAGGCCUGGUAAUGAAGCCAGUAGAGGGUCUAGGCUGGGGCCCAAGGACCAGGCAAGUAGAGGGCCCUGGGCUACGGCUGGUGACCAGGCCAGUGGAAGACCCCAGAUCAGUGCCGAGAUGGAGGCCAGUGAAAGAUCCUGGUUUGGGCCUGGGGGUGAGACUAGUACCGGGUCCUGCUUCAGGAGAGGGGAAGAGGCUGGUAUUGUAUCCAAACCUGGAGGUAAAAAUGAGGACAGUAUUGAAUCCAGAUCAAGGGCUAAAGAAGAAGCCAUCAUUAGUUCCAGAUUUGGGGCUGAGGAUAAGGCCAAUAUUGGGUCCUGGAUCAGAUCUGAAGAGGCAGCCUGUAUGGAUUCCUGUAUGGGGGCUGAGGCUGGGGCUGCGGCAGAGGUCAGGAAGGAGUCUUGGCUCUGGGAUGGAGAUGCAGCCACUACAGGGUCUAGGCUUGGGGCUGAGGAAGAGGCUUGCAUGGGGUCAUGGACUUGGGCUGAGGAUGUGGAUGAGGAUGAGCUAAGUAGAGCAUCCAGCCCUGAUAUUGAGGAGAUCAGUUUAAGGUCCUUGUUUUGGGCUGACAGUGAGAAGAGUCAUGAGUUCAGAUCCGAGAGGGAGCAAAAUGUCAAUUUUGAGUGUGGAGCUGGAGAUAAGGCCAGCGCCAAGGAUAACUUUGAGGCACCAACUGCUGGUGGAGUUGAGGAAAAGUCUUGGUUCUGGGAUGGUAAUGAAAACAGAAGUGAGGACAAAUCUGCACCUAAGACUAAAGCCAAAAAGUCAGCUGAGUCAAGAGGCACAUAUCCAUCCAUGGUCCCUGGGGCAGGAAUGGGGUCAUGGGCAGGAGCCAUGAUCUGGACGGAAAUGAAAUUUCCAUACCAAAAUAAGUCCUGCUUCCCACCUGAAGAUGAGCUAAGAAAGCAGAUCAGGGAUGAGGAGAAAACUCAGCCCUGGACCUGUCGCUGUAAACGCGAAGCUAAUAUGGAUCCACGAGAGCUUGAAAAACUCAUUUGCAUGAUUGAGAUGACUGAAGAUCCUUCUAUUCAUGAAAUAGCCAAUAAUGCUCUUUAUAACAGUCCCGAAUAUCCCUUUUCCCAUGAAGUCAUUCGAAAUGCAGGUAGAAUCUCAAUUAUUGAAAGUUUGCUCAAUAAUCCCUAUCCCAGUGUAAGGCAGAAGGCUUUAAAUGCACUGAAUAACAUCUCAGUGGCUGCUGAAAAUCAUAGGAAGGUGAAAACAUACUUAAACCAAGUAUGUGAAGACACGGUCACCUAUCCCUUGAAUUCAAAUGUACAGCUGGCUGGACUAAGACUGAUAAAGCACUUGACUAUUAUUAGUGAAUAUCAGCAUAUGGUUACAAAUUAUAUUUCAGAAUUUCUUCGUUUGCUAACUGUGGGAAGUGGAGAAACGAAAGACCAUAUUUUGGGAAUGCUUUUGAAUUUCUCUAAAAAUCCAUCUAUGACAAAAGACUUACUCAUUGCCAAUGCACCAACGUCACUGAUUAAUAUCUUUAGCAAGAAAGAGACGAAAGAGAAUAUUCUUAAUGCUCUUUCACUAUUUGAAAAUAUAAAUUAUCAUUUUAAAAGAAGGGCAAAAGUAUUUACGCAGGACAAGUUCAGUAAAAAUUCUCUUUAUUUCAUAUUCCAACGGCCUAAAGCAUGUGCCAAGAAACUCCGAGUCUUAGCAGCAGAGUACAGUGACCCUGAGGUGAAAGAAAGAGUUGAGCUAUUAUUAAGUAAGCUCUGAUUAGUUGUAUGUUCCCAAACAAAUCUGAGUAAUAUUUUGGUUUUGUAGUCUGGAAGUAAUGCAUAUUGUAAAUUGCAUUACAACUUUGAAACUGAUGUUACUUGUGAUGGUCUGUAGCUGGAUCAUUUUAUGAACACCAAAUGUACUGAAAAUACAUGUGUUGAUUAUUACCUUGUCUGGAUUGAGAUAUUUUUAGUAUGCUUCAUGAGCAGAAACGACCUGAUUCUUCCUAAGUAAGGUAAUUUUUGGUCCUUUGUGUGGACUUAUGUUUAUACAUUUGAGACUUUAUUUUUAUGUUAUCAAUAAAGUUGUGUGUUUUAAGCAGAAAAAAAGAGACACAUCCUUGUCUUUGAGUUUAUGAUCUAUUUGGAAAGGCAAGAUGUAUGGAAACAAAAAUACGCUAACAAAGCCACAAGCCUCUGAUCAUGGCCAAACCCUUCUCAUCAGUGCAGAAACUUCUUCAGGCAGCAGUGCUCAGGCAAAGCUGUACAGAGGAGGGGGACACUUAGAUUUUGAUCUCAAGAGCAUUCCCUAAUAAAAGCCCUCAUGCUGAACUCUGAGUCUGCUCUCCAGGAAGCCAACCUACAACAGUUGGUAUGAGGAGUAGUUCAGGAAAGCAUACACUGUGAUGAAAUUUUGGAGAUGAAUCACCUGCUGCCCAGCUGGCAAUGAGGACCCCGUCACUGAUGGUAGAGGGUAGAGAAAUCUGAGGACCAGGCCCAGGACUUACUGAAAGCAAGCUUCAAAGGAAGUUAAAAUCCCAACCAAGACAAGUCUGCUAUGCCAAGAUCAGAGCCCUGGUUAGGAAGGCAUGGAACCCUGGCACAUGGGAUGGGGGCUUCUGGAUUGACAUCCCUAAAAAUCUUGUAUCUUCAGAUUUUCCUGGACACCUUGAGCAUUCAGAAAGGUCCCACUCCUUCCUAUUAAGGGCUAGUGCUUCACCUUGCUUGAUCUGCAGAGCCCUUUCUCCUGUAAGAUAAUAUGCAUUUCCCUCAGAAUCUGCCCCACUUCCCAUCUUGGCCACUGGGCCUAUAUAUAAAGUUAAGUCACAGCAUAGCUUCACUGGGGAUAUGCUGGGCCUAAGUAGGAAGGAAAGGGACUACCCCGAGAAGAAGCUAUAGGACCUAGCCAGCAUGUACUAGCAGGUGCUGAGGGGGGAGCACGGGACUGAAUUCUGAGGGCCUUGAUCAGGGGAGCUGGAAUAUAAAAUUGAAUAAGGGAAAAUUAAUUGUUUUGAGAGUUCUCAAAAAUACUGUAUUUUUACAGUAUUUAACCCCUCCCCCCGGGAAAGACCCCAGGAGAUCAAGUGAACUCAAUACUAGAAUGGCUUCUCAGAGUGUGGGGGGUGGGGGGGGGGAAGAAUUAAGUGAAGUAUAAAUGCCAAAGUUGUCAUAGCAGAUUGGGGAGAAAGGAUAAAAGGCUCAGGGAAGUGGGAAUGAUAGAAUAAAUAUAUUAUGUAUGUCCAGAAAACCCUCUGGAGGACUAGGUUCUGCAGGAGGACCCAAAAGGCACAAUGUUCGCUCAAGCUAUAAGGAAUGCACUGGUGAGAGGAAUGGCAGCAUUGCUAAGAAGUUCCGUGGUGGCUUGCCUCUGCAGGGCUCAGAGUAGGAGAGGAUGUUAGAGGAUGAGGAUCACUGAUAGGAACGGUGAUGUCCUGAAACAAGAGAGGCAGGAUGACUGCACAUAACCGUCAGAAGUCGGGUGGAUGCGAAUAUCAUAAUGCACUGCAGGGUAAGGGUGAGAGGCGGGGGGCCUGAUCUGCAGAGAGCUGUGGGGAUGGUUAAGAGGUAGUUAGUAGACUAUAUAUAACAAUAUAUAAUAUAUGGUCAAUAUAACACAGUGCCCUGGGGAAAAUAAGCAGCCAACAAUCUGUACUCAACGUGAACAACCAAAAGAAAUCAAAGAUGGUCAGGAAUCUGAAGGACAGUGCCUCCAUAAAAAGUCAUAAUUCCUUGCUCAGCUUCUGAUCCUAAGUCAGUUUUUGAACCAGGGCGCACUGUUUGAAGGAGAGGCUGAAGGAGAGGCUGGGGUACCCAGGAAGAAGAACCCUAUAACAUAUGUGUAGUAAUGAUUUGUCUAGUCCUUCUAUUUAUGCGUGUAACUGUAUGCAGGGGAAAGAGGAAUACCCAAACAUUUUGAGGCCCAAUGGACACUGGUUAUGAGUUGAUAUACCCAGAGACCUAAAAUGUCAUCAUGUCCCCCUUCUUAGAAUAAGGGCAGAUGGGAGCCUGGUAUUAAAUGGACUCCUGGCCUGUGUUGGGUUCAGAGUGGCUCCACUGGGUCCACAAGCCUACCUGAUGGCUAUAUUCUUGGUUUCUGAAUGUAUAAUUGGAAUAGACGUUUCGGUAGUUGGUACAAACCCCAUAUUGGUUUCUUGACUUGUGGAGUCAGAGCUAUUUGUAGAUGAAAAGCAGAAGUUUCUGAGACUGCCCUCACCUUCCUUGGCCAAGAUAAUGAAUGAAAACAUAUAGCGUCUUGGGGAGGACGGCAGAAGUUAGUGCCACCUUUGAAGACCUAAAGAUUGCUGGGAUGUGGCCCCUAUCAUAUCUACAUUUAAUACACCAGUUUGGGCCCCUGCACAAUGUGGGCAGAGCCUGGUACAUGACAGACCAUUGCAAACUCAACCAAGUAGUGAUACAAAUGCAGCCACCGUGUUAGAUGUAAUAUCUUUGCUAAAGCAGAAUAACAUGACCUUAGAUACCGAAUAAUUAGCUAUUGCUUUGGAACAUGUAGUUUUAUAUCCCUAUCAGAAUAAAAUAUCAGAAAAAGUUCACGUUCAUAUAGGACAACAGUAUACAUUUAUAGUUUUUCCUCAAAGGUCUACAACUCUCCUGUCCUCUGUCAUAUUAUAGUCUGGAGAUAGCUGGACCAUCUGAAUAUAAUACUAGUCCACUAUGUUGAUGACAUCAUGCUAAUCAGACCAAAAUGGGUAAGAAGUGGUUAGCGGGUUGGAGGCCUUGGUGAGAUACAUGUACUCCCCAUGAUGGGAGAUAAACCCUAGUGCAGGUUUUAGAGUUUUAAUGAUCAGGGGGUAUGCCAGGAGAUCCCCACCAAAUUAAAGGACAAAUUAUUGCAUUUUUCUGAAGGACAGUGCCUCCAUAAAAAGUCACAAUUCCUUGCUCAGCUUCUGAUCCUUCCCCACAAAGUAGGAGACUCAAUGCCUGGUAGGCUUCUUCGGGCUCUGGAAACAGCACAUUUCACACCUGGAGUUACUGUUUCUACCCAUAUACUGGGUGACACAAACAACUGCCAGCUUUGUGGAGGCUCCUGGGUGGCUCAGUCAUUAAGCGUCCGCCUUCGGCUCAGGUCAUGAUCCCAGGGUCCUGGGAUCGAGCCCCGCAUCGGGCUCCCUGCUCAGCGGGGGGUCUGCUUCUCCCUCUCCCACUCCGCCUGCUUGUGUUCCCUCUCUCGCUGUGUCUCUCUCUGUCAAAUAAAUAAAUAAAAUCUUAAAAAAAAACAAACCUGCCAGCUUUGAGUGGAACCUAGAGCAAGAGAAGGUCCCAUAGCAGGUCCAGGCUGUGGUUUCAAGUAGUCCUGCCACUUGCGCCAUACAAUAGACAGACCCUAUGGCAUCAGAGAUAUCUGUGUUGGCAAAAGAUGCCACAUGGAGUUUUUGAUAAGCCCCAGUGAGAAAGUCAGAACUUAGUCCAGAAUUUAGGUUCUGGAGCAAACUGUGCCAUAUACGGUGGAGAAUUAUAUAUCUUUUAAAAACAGCUCCUCACAUGCUACUGCAUCUGGAUAGAGACGGAAUGCCUGGCCAUAGGACAUCAAGUGACCAUGCAGCUAGAACUGCCCAUCAUGAACUGAAUGCUGUCACAUCCUCCAGGGUAUAAGGGCGGGCAGGCCCAGCAACCAGAAGGAAGUUUUACACACAGGAUCAAGCACAAGCAGGACUGGAGAACACAAGCACCUACACAAUCAGCAAGAGUGGAUCCUUCAUGAUAACAGAUUCUCCGCGGAUGCACUAGCAUCAUUCAUUCACCAUACACCUGUGGCCCCCUGGGAGAUCUCUUUUUUUUAAGAUUUUAUUUAUUCAUUUGAGAGAGCGAGAGAGCAAGAGAGUGAGAGAGCGAGCACACAAGUGGGAUGAGGGGCAGAGGGAGAAGCAGACUCCCCGCUGAGCAGGGAGCCUGAUGUGGGGCUCCAGGAUCAUGACCUGAGCCGAAGGCAGAUGCUUAACCGACUGAGCCACCCAGGCGCCCUGGGAGAUCUCUUGACAAGCUGACUAGGAAGGAAAAGCCCAAGCAUUGUUCUUAGAUUGGUGGGCUUGGUGUGUGGGUAUCAGCAAGUAUAGCAACUCCGGCCUGAGAAAGCCAUGGUGACCAGGAAUGAGGGUCUGGGUCAUACCCACCAGGCAAACCACCAAAACCUUAAGACUGAUGGGGAUCUAUAAUUCUUAGUGGGAGGGGAAGUGAUUAUUUGCUGCUUUGAGACCAGCUGCAGUAUUGAGGGUGGUAGUUUGUCCUAAGUUUCUCCUAGGAAGAGAGGCCCAUCAGCCUCCUAGAAGAGCUGAUCCCAGAACUUAGUGAAGCGGAUCUGGGAGGCACAAAGGUGGACUGUGGUGGACACUGCAAUACCUUGCCCAGAGCUCCCUUUAGCAAUCGAGGCCUUAUUACUUCAGUUGUUAGGAAUGCUGCCAUCAGAGAGUCCUUGGCUACCAGCCCUCUUCCGGGAUUGCAUUAGCUGAGAGUUAUCUUGUUUCAGAUCACAUCCCAUUCUCAGGGUGGCCCACAUCCAAUGACUCAUUGAUGCUGUGUAUAAAGGCCUGGCCCUCUUGCCCCUAACUGAGAUAGUUUUGGAGUUUCAUUCUGUCUUCAUAAUUCACUCUAAUGUAUGCUGAGGCAUUCCAUUGAUAGUGGGCUAAAAUUUGAUUUCUCCCUUUUUUCAUUCCUGCUACUUUCUUCCCUUUCCUUCCAUAAGUGUUGAUCCCAGGAGCACUUCCCAAUAAACCUUCUAUACUCUAAUCUUUGUCUCAGAAUCUGCUUCCUGUAACAGCCAAUCUGUGACAAUGCUUUAUGCAUGUUAUAUCUAUCUAUCUAUCUAUCUAUCUAUCUAUCUAUCUAUCUAUCUAUCUAUCUAUCUAUCUAUCAUCUAUCUAUCUAAUCUAUCCACCCUAAAAUCAAGAGUAAUAUGAGUUGUUUAAUAUUGUGAAAUGUUCAUUAGCCUCUCUGUGCAAUUUUUGCAAAUACUGCACUAAUUUUUUAUUACCUCUGGAGCCACAGACUGGAAAAGAGACAGGCAAGAAAAUGGGCACUAUUGGGGAAUGAUAGUUUGUUCAACAGAAACCUAUUGCAUUCAUGUAUCUGAGAAGGCUUUGACAAGUUAGCUUGUUUUUUUCUCUUCCAUAAGUGCUUCCACUGCUUGAAUCUUCCCUGCCUUCUGAAAUCAUGUCUGUCUUUUGGGUCAGCAGUGGCACAAUCCACAAAUGGUCAUGGCAUUUGGACACAGUUGCCUUUUAUUUAGAAGAUAGAGGGAGACAGAUGUGGAGAAGCACGUUCCUGGAGCCUGAACAGUACUAGUCAGAGUGCAGAUGUUUAGGGUUAUAAGUUGCACCGUGCCAACAAUAAGCACCAGAUCCUGUGUGACACGGGCACCCAUGCGUGUGUGUAUGUGUGUGUGUGAUAUACAGGACCCUUCAAAACAUGGGAUUUAGAGAGGGCCCCUCAUGCCCAGAUCUAAGGGUAGGGCUGAGGCUAGGAUAGCAGUGGAUGACAUUCAGGUCCCGAUUCUUACUCUAAUGUUGUAGCAGACUCAGGGCUCAGGGGUUGGUUUAAGGUUUUGGGUAUAGUGGCCUUGCCGGGUCAUGCACAUAUGAGGAAGAGUUUAACAUCACUUUUUGAAAAUGAAAAUGCUGUUCUUCUUGGGAAAAAAGCCCAUUUCCGGAAAACACAUAAACCGAUUGGCCCUUAAGGCAGUGUAGUAUAGGGGAGAGAGUGAAUCUGGAGCAGAGGAUGAGGCAGCAAGAGUAUUAACAUUUCUCUUCCCCUUUUAGUUUUCAAAUACCAGAGUACAAAGAACACUCUGGUAUUUCUUCUUAUAAGGACACUAAUCCUAUCAGAUCAGGGACCCACUCUUCUUUUUUUGUAAGAUUUUACUUAUUUAUCUGACAGAGAGAGAGAGAAAGAGAGAGCGAGAGCACAGUUUAUUUUUUAAACUCCUCAAAAGGAGUAGAUUUGAGAGGUAAAGGGAAUGAAUCUGCUUUAAACUAUCUGAAUUUGAGGUGCCUAUGGAACUUUUUUUUUUGAGAGAAUCU